AACCCUCAGACAUCUGAAAAAAUUCAAGAAUGUUUGGUGAAAUUCUGUGAGUUUGCGCACCUGGAUCCACAGCAUUGGAGCGCUGACUGUGCGCUAAACAUUGCUCGCGCAAUUGAGGACGGAUUUCCUCUUGCGCAGCUCAGUUGGUGCGCUGUGCAUGUUUUACGCGCAUGUGCAAAAGUUGGAAGCUAUUUUGACAAUCCACAGAAUUUUGAGAACUUCUAUUUAGCAAUGGACUUUUUGACAUUACGUGCAGAUGCAACGAAUGCAGAAAAGCUGGCUGAAGAGUCUGAUGAAACAUAUGAGUUCUUGACAACAAUGUUAGAAGAAGAAGAACCGCGCGCUUUGAAGUAUUUCGAUAAACAAUGGAGAAGAACCAAAGAACAUUGGAUGAUGUUAUAUCGUGGAGAAGGUGAUUCCACGAAUAACAUUGCGGAAUCACACUUUCAUCAAUUAAAGCAAACAUUUUUCUUGGGUAAGAAAAAUGAGCGCAUUGAUGACAUCGUCAUAACUCUCAUCACUGUUGUGAUUCCAAAUGCGAUUAUUAAGGUUCAAGUCGCUAAUGUUUUGAAUGAAGAAAGAGCAGUAAGAAUUCUUACAAGGGCAGGUAAUCAGAUUGUUGAGCAAAGAGCUUCAAAACACGAUGAAUGUUUGAAAUUAAUUCAACACAUUUUGGAAAUUGUCGAAAGCCGAAGGAUUGAACCUAAUGUCCUUAUUCCAUCUUUGAAGGCAAUAUUAAAUUUGGCACAAAGAAGUUUAAAGGAAGAGUAA